AUGCUGGCAAAAAUGCAUUACUCCCGAUCGUCGUCGUUUAGCUCCCCGUCGCUGGCCAGUAAGUCUGGACUUUGUAACCCGAUGUCCGAGUUAAGGGCUCACCCGACCAGGCGAAUGCAAGAAAGCCGAAAGAAUUCUGGACUCGUUUAUCAACCCCGAAGUAGUCAGCGUCGACAAGCAGAUCCCGCGCAAGGUGCUGGAAAAUGCGAAGCGAAGCUAAACAGCAAUCAGGGCCUCGCGAUAUUCAGCGUCUUUGAAGUCGGCAUGAUGCGUUCUCUUCGCUUCGGCUCCGGUGUUGUAGUCGCCCGUCUCUUCAACGGAACAUGGUCGGCCCCCUCGGCCAUCACGACCGGCAAAUUGACGACCAAGGGCCAAUUCGGAAUGGAGCAUACUGAGUUCGUAUACGUGCUAAAUAACGACAAGGCCGUGGAGGCGUUCUCGCAGGCUAAGAGCGUCACUUUGGGCGAGGACGUAUCAAUAGCAGUCGGGCCAUUCGGGCGCAGCGCCGAGCUCGCGGGGGAUGCAUACGAGGCUGAUAUAUUCGCAUACUGCAAGACACGCACAGUUUUUGGGGGUUCGACAUUGGAAGGAGCGACUAUAGGCGAGAGAGUAGAUGCGAAUCGGAAGAUGUAUCAAAAGACAGUUUCAACGCGCCAGCUGCUUCGUGGGGAGGUCACGCUGCCCCCAGAGACAUACGGGCUCAUGAAGAUCCUGCAUUCAACGUGGCUGCGGCCGGUUACGAAGCGACCGUCCGUUGAAAAGGCCCAUCUUGCCAGGAUAGUCACGCAGCAAUCGACAACCAUUGAGCCGCGAUCCCGGGCAUCAACAAUAGCAUCGCCGGCGAAGGGAGAGAAGCGGUUUUACGGAGAGCAGAUUAUGGCACCACAUCAGAUCACCAUAGAAAUCACAGACUACUCAGCGGUCCAGCUGCCGAGUAGUCUGACACAACAUGAGGAGACGAGGGAGUCGCUGGAUUCAGAGGCAUCGUCCUCCCCAACCGGGCACCCUCCUAUCCUCAAGCCUGGAAGACGAACCUGGAGUGCGUCGUCCAACGGGGUUUGGGAUAAUCAUGAACCGCUACAUUUCUAA